GAUUGUCAAAACAAAAUCGAUCUCGCGUUUUUAUCCUCAAAAACCGUGAUGCGUGGAGUUCGUGCCCGAUAGUAUCACUCCACUAAUUUUCAUAAAAUAGGUAUUUGCAAAAAAAAAGCACCAUAUUUGUAGUUUCUAGUUAAUCUGGUAUUAAUGCAGCAGACCAGCGCGUUAAAAUGGUUCUCCUAAGUAAUGAAGAAUUCCUAACUCAGCUCACACUACUUUCACAAUCGGCUAGAACCAGUUCUUCAUUUACGAUCACGAUCAAACGAUAUGACGGUCACGACCGGCCGAAGCCACGGGAGGGAAAACCACCGCUGCCCAAACCCGCCGAGUACCAGUGUCUCAUCAGGGCCCGGUCCCGCUCGAAAAAACUAGCCACCGUUGUGAGGCACGACGAGGUGGCCAAAUUCAUGGAAUCCUACGCCAAGGUGCUGAAAUCCAGCAUGGACGGACUGAAGAAAAUCAAAAAGGUAAAGAACAAGGCCAAAGCUGCCCAGGGAUAGUCGUAGCAGCGAUUCAGACAUUUCCUCUAAAGAAUCAAGUUUAAUAUCGCUUCGAUGCAUUUGUGAAUUUUCAAUGGAUUAUGCAAUUUGAUAGGAAUAGCUUUGAUUUAAUUUUUAGGAAAUUAGAUACGAGCAAAACCAUACCUAUCUAUUUUAACAUUUGAAAUUUACUUACAGUUUUUUACAUUAUUUCCAUCAGAUUCUGGCUUAAGAAACCAGUUCAUAUAUUAUUAAAAAGUAUUCUUUUCGGCGUCUUUCCUAUAACAUAAUACAAUAAGUUCAUCAAAAGCUGUUUAAACACACAAUGAAAACUUCCAAAAUUUCAAAGAUAUUCGUACCAUAUAAUCGAUAAUCCAUUGAUUGUAAACGUCGAGUUUCACGAGCAGAACUUUGUCAUGGUGGGCAAGUAAGAAAAUAUAGUAAAAAAAUGGGAUCGAAUUCCCUCGCGGUGGGAAGUUUUACGCAAACGUGUGUAAUAUUUGUCUUAGCAUAAGUAACCUAUUUUUGAAUUUAUUAAACACUUGGAAGAUUUA